AGCAGGGUCGGGGGCGGAGCUUGACGGCUCUACCUUAGUACCCCGCGCGUUCCCACAGUGCUCCGCGACAGCCGCUAUGGAGGCCGGGAGGACAGCUGUGCUCCGAGUGAAGCGGAAGCGCAGUGCGGAGCCUGCUGAGGCUCUUGUGCUCGCUUGUAAACGCCUUCGGAGUGGCGUGGUCGAUUCGAUUGCCCAGAAGGCGCCAGAGGGUCUGGAGAGAGCGGCGGAGAAUAAUGUCUUCCAGUUGGUGGCCACCGUGUGCUCCCAGGAGGAGCCAAUCCAGCCACUCCUGCGAGCUGCUCUGCACCCAUCCCGGGGCAGCCAGCAGCGUAUCCGCAGCGAUCUCCGUGCGUCGGCUCGGGAGAUCCGGCGGGAGGGCCGCUACCGGGUGGUCUCCAGUCGCCGAUCCUUGGGGUCCACCUCGAGCUGCCUGGAGUCCGAGUGCGCGGCGGAGAACCCAGAAGCCGCCAAAGACUCAGGCUUCCAGCUGUUUGACCUGAUCCACGAGGAGGGAGAACCAGAGACCGCCUCUGCGGACCCCUGCAAAGUGAGUCCGCACCCAGAGACAUCUGACCCAGAUGUGAUCCUCUGCAAUUCUGUCAAGCUGAUCCGUGAGCGGUUGACUAUAUCUGAGGAUGGACCGGGAGUCAGGCACCAGGAGGAGCAAAAGCACGACAACUAUGUGUAUGACAUUUACUACUUGGACAUGGCCACUUCAGGGUGGAUUGAGAACAUCCUAUCUGUGCAGCCGUAUAGCCAAGAGUGGGAGCUGGUGAAUGAUGAUCAAGAACCAGAGGAUGUUUAUGAUGAUGAAGAUGACGAGAACAGUGAAAACAACUGGCGCAAUGAAUACCCAGAGGAGGAGAGCAGUGAUGGAGAUGAAGCUUCCAGAGGCUCUGAUGAAUAUAACAGCCUCAGUGAGGAGGAAAAGGGCAGCAGCAGACAUCAGAUGUGGAACAAAUACCCUUUGGAUGUACAGAAGGAGUUUGGAUAUGAGAACCCCCACGACUUGGAUUCGGACUGAUGGUCUUGUGAUAUCCAUGAGCUUCUACCACAGGCCCUGUGACAAUGUUAUCUGCUGUGGUAACUUCCUCUUAGGUUUCCUAGCCUAACACAUGGAAGGGAAGAGUCUAUCCAAUAGUACCAUCCCACCACAGUGAAAACUUAUGCUAAGGGAGUAAGUCUCUUAUACUAAUAGUAGGGCCCCUUUGCCUCAAAAGUGACAUACGGUCUGGGAAAAAGAAAGUAAAAACGAAGGCUAGUUUCCUGGCGCAGGCAUUACUCCUGGCAUUCCAGCUGUCCUAUGCUGAACCCACAAGGGAAGGAGAGGCUCCUGUUUCACUGGCAAUAAGGUUCUGCUUUCCCACACCACCAGGCUGCCUGCCUACAGUAAAAACCUAUUCCUUUUAAUAGAAGGACUACAGUGGUUCCCUUAUACAGCACAGACCAGAUAUUAACGGCCAUUGGGGCAAGAAGUAGAAUCUCUGUGAGCUGUGGGAGAUUUCAGGUAACAGCUGUCUCUCACUCCCUGCUUCUAGACUCUGAAAUGGUUAUAAAGAGUGAAGUCUUUCUUUGACCACGGUGCCAAGGAAUAGAAUAUGUAAGAAUGUGAUACACUAUGUUUAGUAAAAAACAGCUUUGACCAUGCAAGCAAGUGAGCCCUUUAAAACCUUUUAAAUUUGAAUAUCUUAGGUGUUUUCUCACUGUAGACAAAAGGGGGGAAAGGGUGGUGAGACAGAAUUGAUGAUAGACACUAAGGACUCAAGGCAAGUGAAAAAGAAAGCACAUUCUGAAUAUGGCUUUCCAUCGAGAAAUGGUUAGUAUUCACAGCACUCACCCAAAACAAACCAUCAUCAAUAAGACCAAUUUCGUUACCAGAACUUGUAUCUCCCAUGAGAUCUGUCCCUGUUCCUCCCCAAACCACAGCUGCCUGCAUUCUGACUGGGUUGGUGUUUAUUCUUCUAGCACAAAAUUGUCCACUAGAAUUUCCUGUGGUGAUGAAUAUGUUCUGUAUCUGCACCAUGCAGUAGUGCUACUAGCCACGUGUGGUUGUUGAACACUUGCAAUAUGGUUAGUGCAACUCAGGAACUGAGUCUUUAAUUUAUAUUUCAUUUUAAUUUAAUUAGUUACAUGUGGCUAGUAGCUACUGUACUGCACAGCACAGGGAAACCACACAGAAUGUUUGAUUCAAGGGGUAUCCUGCCCUCUGACAGUUUGACUUAGUAUCCUGUGGGAAAGUGAAUUACAUAGGGACAUGGGUUCUUCCCACCUCUUUUAAGAUUUCAUAAUCAUCUCUCCUCCAUCCUACCUCCACCCAUUCUUUGACUUUAUGUCAUUUUAUAAGCCUUUACAUUAGUUCCUAUCUGCAUAGAGUUGUUAAACCUACCAAAGUGAUUAAAUUCUGUGUGUGUGCUCAUACCCUACUCUUGUAGCUAAUUAAACCAUCAAAUAGACUAUUAGUUUUCUCAUCCUAAGUAUCCACAAACUCAGUGUUAUAAUUAAGAGGCAGCAACUUCCAUGUCUAAUACUAGUCAUCUUAGUUUCCUUCUAUAAGCAUAGAAAUGAAAGAUUAAAAACCAGUCUGUGCCGUUA